GUCAGCGGAACAGCAGCAGCAGCAGCAUCACCGGAGCCGAAUGGAGUAAUCACAAAGAUAUUAUCCCAGACAGCGUCUCUGUUACUGUUUAGAAACACUGUUUACACCGUUCAAACACCGACACCAUGGCCGAAGACCAGUCCUCUCAGUCCUGGUCCAUCGACCGGGACGACUACGAGCUCAAUGAGGUGAUAGGGAGCGGAGCCACUGCAGUUGUCCAGGCGGCGUACUGCAAACCGAGGAAGGAGAAGGUGGCCAUCAAACGCAUCAACCUGGAGAAGUGUCAGACUAGCAUGGACGAGCUCCUGAAAGAGAUCCAGGCCAUGAGCCAGUGCCACCACCCCAACAUCGUGUCUUACUAUACCUCCUUUGUGGUGAAGGAUGAGCUGUGGCUGGUGAUGAAGCUGCUCAGUGGUGGCUCAGUGUUGGACAUCAUCAAGCAUAUCAUCUCUCGUGGCGAGCACAAGACGGGCGUGUUGGACGAAGCUAGCAUCGCCACCAUCCUGAAAGAGGUGUUAGAGGGGCUGGAGUACCUCCACAAAAACGGGCAGAUUCAUCGGGAUCUAAAAGCUGGAAAUAUUCUCCUCGGGGACGACGGCUCGGUGCAAAUUGCUGACUUCGGUGUGAGUGCCUUUCUUGCAGCAGGAGGAGACAUGACCAGGAACAAGGUUCGGAAGACGUUUGUGGGGACGCCGUGCUGGAUGGCGCCUGAGGUGAUGGAGCAGGUCCGCGGCUAUGACUUCAAAGCCGACAUCUGGAGUUUCGGGAUCACAGCCAUUGAGCUGGCCACGGGGGCUGCACCAUAUCACAAAUACCCACCAAUGAAGGUGCUGAUGCUGACUCUGCAGAACGACCCUCCCUGUCUGGAGACGGGCAUCACAGAUAAGGAAAUGGUGAAGAAGUACGGCAAAUCCUUCAGGAAGAUGCUCUCCCUGUGUUUACAGAAAGAUCCAGAAAAAAGGCCAACUGCAGCCGAGCUGCUGAAGCAUAAAUUCUUCACGAAAGCCAAAAACAACGAGUACUUGCAGGAGAGGCUUCUACAGAAAGGACCGACAAUAACGGAGCGAUCCAGAAAGUCUGUCAUGUCCAUCCUGCAGUCCCCCAGAGUGAAGGACGGGUCCCAGAACAUGGAGCUUUUCCCACCAGCAGAUGGCUCCACACAACAUCUGCAGCCGCAAGGCGCCGCCCAGGAGAGUCCCGCCGCUGCGGGCCAGGCAGGAGAGGACGCUCCACCGCAGGCUCCCGCUCAGACGGCGAGCCCCUCACACGCACCCACCGCUCAGGAUCCAGCUGCAGCCAAUGCCAGCGUUCCCAUCAGCCUCGUCCUGAGACUGAGGAAUCCCAAGAAGGAGCUCAAUGACAUCCGGUUUGAGUUCAUGUCCGGCAGAGAUUCUGCUGACGGAGUUUCUCAGGAGUUGGUCUCAGCCGGUCUGGUCGACGGGCGGGAUUUAGUCAUUGUUGCUGCCAAUUUGCAAAAGAUUGUCGAUGAUCCUCAAAGUAACAAAAAUGUGACUUUCAAGUUGGCAUCCGGCGUGGAGGAGUCUGAAAUUCCUGAUGAUAUUAAACUCAUUGGAUUUGCGCAGCUCAGCAUCAGUUAAGUCAAGCAGAGCCGUCAGCAGAGGACAGAAACUAAUGGUAUUGCACAGCUGCAUUGUAGUCAAUUCCAAGAAACCACUACUGCCAAAGAGAGGAGGAGGAGGAGGAGCAGGAGGAGGAGCAGGAGGAGGAGGAGGUGACAGUAAGCUGGCAGGAGUGUGACACUACUGCAGGAUGCAUGAGGACCACAUUGAGAAGGGGCUCAGUUCAUUACGGGAAUCACACUUGAAACGUUUACAGUGCGCUUAUACAGUAAAUGGGAGAUGCAAUCAACUA